AAUGGUCGCCUUGGGGCGGAUGGACCUGUCACACAGACCAAAGUGUCUGUUUAAAAUUACGCAAAAGAACUUGUAUAAGUGGAUUCAAAGGAAAUGAUUGCUUGAAUCUGCAAGGGAAAGAUUAUGAACAGACAUUUUGUGACAAAUCUUGCAACGAUUCUGAUACAAUUAGCGAACAUAAAGACGGAUGGUCGGAUUGGGGUUGUAAGAAACAAGGAGAUUUUUGCUUUAAAAGUCGGACAUGUAAUUCAACCGCGGCUUUCAAUUGCUCCAAAACAAGUGAGGUUAUUGUAACAAACUGUCCAUGUGCUGCAGAAUGGUCGCCUUGGGGCGGAUGGACCUGUCACACAGACCAAAGUGUCUGUUUAAAAUUACGCAAAAGAACUUGUAUAAGUGGAUUUAAAGGAAAUGAUUGCUUGAAUCUGCAAGGGAAAGACUAUGAACAGACUUUCUGUGACGAAUCUUGCAACGAUACUGAUACAAUUAGAGAACAUAAAGGCGGAUGGUCGGAUUGGAGUUGUAAGAAACAAGGAGAUUUUUGCUUUAAAAGUCGGACAUGUAAUUCAACCGCUGAUUUCAAUUGUUCAAAAACAAGUGAAGUCACUGUAACAAACUGCCCUUGUGCUGCAGAAUGGUCGCCUUGGAGCGGAUGGACCUGUCACACUGACCAAAAUGUCUGUUUAAAAUUACGCAAAAGAACUUGUGUAAGUGGAUUUAAAGGAAAUGAUUGCUUGAAUCUGCAAGGGAAAGGUUAUGAACAGACUUUUUGUGACGAAUCUUGCAACGUUACAAGUUCAACACUUGCAACUCAAGUUGCCGUUUUACCUACAACAUCAAUUUCUACAACAACAACAAAGGAACUAAAAGAAACUGCAGUCAUGGGGUCAGGAAAUCCAAGUUUACAUGCCACACCAACUACAGAAGUAUCCAUGAUGUCAAUAAGUUUAAGUCAAAAUCCCCAUACUGAAUCUACUGCGACUGCAUCCACUUCGAAGCCCUCACCUACAACAUCCGAGCUUAAGACAGCAACUCCAUCGGCUACAUCAUUUAAUAUGAAUUUAAGUCAAACAACUAUCUUAACAAACACGGCAACUAGUACACCAUUAAGUACAAGCAAACCCACGGGGGCGUUGACAAAUGCUUAUAUUUACUGGCUUGAAUGGACGGAGUGGGAAUGCAAAAAUGUCUCCUCCUCUAUAUGUUUGAUGUCUCGCACACGAAAUUGCUCCACGUAUAAAACCGAUGAUUGUGAGAAGAAACUUGGAGGGGAGCACUUUCAUGUGGAACCUUGUAGGAAAGAAAUAUGUCCAGUUAACUGGUCAGAAUGGAGUGAUUGGACAUGCAGAAUUGAGAAAGAUGGAGCAUGCACAAAAACCAGGUCUCGAAAAUGCUCAACUGGUGCUGAUACUCAGUGCGGCUUCGGCUCUCUUGAACGUAAAUCAUGUGAUAAUGUCACGUGUCCCGAACUGAAUGAACUUGGACAGCUUGGUUAUUGUAAGGGGCUCGAUUCAUCUAGUUGUCUUGACGCCGACACGUGCAAAAAUCCAAGCAUACGGCUAAUGUGUUUAGCAGAUUCCCAUGUAGCAAGAAAGAUUUGCCCAAAAGCAUGUGGCUGUUGCCAUGUUGAUCCUGAAUGGUCAAGUUGGAGUGACUGGAGGUGUGAGAGAACAAAGACAAUGUGUAGAAUGAAACAGGACAGAACAUGUUCGACUGGAAAUACAACAGAUUGUGAGGGCAUAUCAGUAAGACAGGCUGCUUGCGAUGAACAUCUCUGUCCAGAACCAACAUGGCAGUCCUGGAGUGGCUGGGAGUGUCAGUUAAGGCCAAAUAAUACAUGCAAAAUGAGUCGUUAUAGAAAAUGCUCUGAUGAAGACUUUUGUAAUGGAGAGAAUCAUGAAGAAGAUGUUUGCUCAAGCGAGAUGUGUCCAGAUUUCGUGGAUUUUCAAGUGAACUGUAGCUUGCAUAAUACUAAAUCUGACGAAUGCGUAGAUGGAGUCGGCUGUCACUUAUUUAAAAACACCCCGAAAAGCUUAUGUCUUGAUGACGCAGUGGCAUGUCCUGUAACGUGUGGCUGUUGUUUACCUUCCACAUCCCCUGGAGUUACAACGAAUAACUCAAUUGGUGUUACAACGAAUAACUCAAUUGGUGUGACUACACAGAAUCCAUCUGCAUCAAGCGGAAAUGGUUCGAAUGGAACAGGCUCUGAAGUUACAACAAAUAACCAAACUGGCGUUACUACACUAACCCCAACUGGACCCGGCGGAAAUGGUUCAAAUGGAACAGGCUCUGGAGCAACAACAAACAACACAAUUGGCAUAUCUACACAAAAUCCACCUGGAUCCGAUGGAAAUGGUUCGAAUGGAACAGGCUCCGGAGUUACAACAAGCAAGCCAAUCGGCGUUUCUACACAAAAUCAAUCUGUAUCCAGCGGAAAUAGUUCGAAUGGAACAGGCUCCGGAGUAACAACAAAUAACCAAACUGGCGUUAAUACACAGAACCCAUCUGGAUCAAUUGUAAAUGGUUCGAAUGGGACAGGCACCGAAGUAACAACAAACAACCCAAUUGGCAUUACUACACAAAAUCCUUCUGGAUCCGGCGGAAAUGGUUCGAAUGGAACAGGCUCCGUAGUAACAACAAACAACACAAUUGGCAUUACUACACAAAAUCCAUCUGGAUCCGGCGGAAAUGGUUCGAAUGGAACUUGCUCUGGAGUCACAACAAAUAGCCCAAAUGGUGCGACUACACAAAAUACAUCAGGAUCCGGCGGAAAUGGUUCAAAUGGAACUGGCUCCGGAGUUACAACAAACAUCACAAUUGGCAUUACUACACAAAAUCCAUCUGGAUCCGGCGGAAAUGGUUCGAAUGGAACUGGCUCUGGAGUUACAACAAAUAGCCCAAUUGGUGCGAGUACACAGAAUACAUCAGGAUCCGGCGGAAAUGGUUCAAAUGGAACAGGCUCCGGAGUAACAACAAACAAAACAAUUGGCAUUACUACACAAAAUCCAUCUGGAUCCGGCGGUAAUGGUUCGAAUGUACCUGGCUCUGGAGUGACAACAAAUAGCCCAAUUGGUGCGACUACACAGAAUACAUCAGGAUCCGGCGGAAAUGGUUCAAAUGGAACAGGCUCCGGAGUAACAACAAACAACACAAUUGGCAUUACUACACGAAAUCCAUCUGGAUCCGGCGAAAAUGGUUCGAAUGGAACUGGCUCUGGAGUGACAACAAAUAGCCAAAUUGGCAUAACUACACAAAAUCCAUCUGGAACCGGCGUUAAUGGUUCGAAUGGAACAAGCCCUGGAGAAACAACAAAUACACCUCCUGGUGUAACUACCCAGAAUCCAUCUGAAUCCGGCGGAAAUGGUUCAAAUGGAACAGGCUCCGGGGUUACAACAAACAACACAAUUGGUAUUACUACACAAAAUCCAUCUGGAUCCGGCGGAAAUGGUUCGAAUGGAACAGGCUCUGGAGUUACAACAAAUAACCCUCCUAGCGUGACUACACAGAUUCAAUCUGGAUCCGGCGGAAAUGUUUCGAAUGGGACAGGCUCCGGAGUUACAUCAAACAACCCAAUUGGCAUAACUACACAAAAUCCGUCUGGAUCAGGUGUAAAUGGUUCAAAUGGAACAGGUUCCGGAGUUACAACAAUCAACACAAAUGGCGUGACUUCACAAAAUCCAUCUGGAUCCGGCGGAAAUGGUUCAAAUGGAACAGGCUCCGGGGUUACAACAAACAAUACAAUCGGCAUAACUACACAAACUCCAUCUGGAUCCGGCGCAAAUGGUUCAAAUGGAUUAGGCUCCGGAGUUACAACAAACAAAACAAAUGGCAUGACUACACAAAAUCCAUCUGGACCCGGCGGAAAUGUAACAAACAAUGCCUCAGUGGCAUCAACUCCUCUACCCAUCAUAACGUCUCCGUCAACGAUCAAAACAACAACAACUACACAAAAACAGCCUCACACACCAACACCUGCAGCAGUUACGUGCAAUGUAUGCGCUGGUCCCGAGUUCCUAUGUGAAAAAUUGUUUGCGCCGCAGACAUGCAGUCCUCCAAAUAACUACUGCAUAAACAAGCUUACCAACCAUAUAGAUGGAACAAGGAUGGUUACAAGACAUUGCGGCAACUUUGACACCUGCUACCCCGUGAGUGGUUCUUAGGAAGCUCUGACAGCGACAAUGCCGUAACUUUGAGG